CCUGGAGCCCGCCUCCUCCCCCCUCCUCCUGCUUCUGCCGACUGAGGGAGCGGAGCGGCUCGUCGUGCGGCCGGAGGGACUCUCAGCUUCGUCGGUCGACCGCCUCUCCUCUCCUCUCCUCUCCGCCGCCCUCCUUCCCCGCUCUUCGCCCGCCACCCCCGCAGCGGCAGCAACGUGACGUCAGAUUUCUUUUCUAAUUAAAAUGUCUAAUGGUUAUGAAGAUCACAUGGCUGAAGACUGCAGGGACGAUAUCGGGAGGACAAACUUAAUUGUGAACUACCUUCCUCAGAACAUGACCCAGGAUGAAUUACGGAGCCUGUUCUGCAGCAUUGGGGAAGUUGAAUCCGCCAAGCUUAUUCGAGACAAAGUGGCAGGUCACAGCUUGGGUUACGGCUUUGUGAACUACGUCACAGCGAAAGAUGCCGAAAGAGCCAUAAACACACUCAAUGGCUUGCGACUCCAGUCCAAAACGAUCAAGGUUUCAUAUGCCCGCCCAAGCUCUGAGGUUAUCAAAGACGCAAACCUGUACAUUAGCGGACUGCCGCGGACAAUGACACAGAAAGAUGUUGAGGACAUGUUUUCACGGUUUGGACGCAUUAUCAACUCGCGUGUGCUGGUUGACCAAACUACAGGUCUGUCCAGAGGGGUGGCGUUCAUCCGAUUUGACAAGCGCUCGGAAGCCGAAGAGGCCAUUUCGAACUUCAACGGCCACAAGCCCCCCGGCUCCUCUGAACCGAUCACGGUGAAGUUUGCCGCUAACCCCAACCAGAACAAAAAUGUGGCACUGCUGUCGCAGCUGUACCACUCCCCGGCCAGGCGGUUCGGGGGCCCCGUCCAUCACCAGGCUCAGAGAUUCAGGUUCUCUCCUAUGGGUGUAGAUCACAUGAGUGGGCUUUCUGGUGUAAAUGUCCCAGGAAACUCCUCUUCGGGAUGGUGCAUCUUCAUCUACAACCUCGGCCAAGAUGCCGAUGAGGGAAUCCUCUGGCAGAUGUUUGGCCCCUUUGGCGCGGUGACUAAUGUCAAAGUCAUCCGCGACUUCAACACCAACAAGUGCAAAGGCUUUGGCUUUGUGACAAUGACAAACUAUGAAGAAGCCGCCAUGGCCAUAGCGAGUCUUAACGGCUACCGGCUGGGGGACAAAAUCUUGCAGGUUUCCUUCAAAACCAACAAAUCCCACAAAUAAUUUCGCUCGUGGCUUUUCUUUUUUUUGUAUGGAAUAGAUAACCGAGUGACGGAAAAAGUUUGAAACCUUUUUUUUUGUUUGUUUCCGUUAGUGUACAACUCGAUUCUUCUCUUUUUUGUUUUGCACCAGUUUUCACACCAAGAAAGUUGUUUUGUCUUGAGUCUAAAUGAGAAGUGGGAUAAAAGGGUUUUAUAUAUUCUUGGGAUGCCACCAACAUGUUCAAAUGUUUUGGGUUGUUUCUUUUUUUAAAAAAAGUCCUGCAAUUGUUUUUAUCGGUUUUUAAUUUUAGAUGGUUCUGCUUCAUGACCUUGUCCCUGAGCCAAAAAAAAUUUACAUACAUAUAUCAACAGUUACCAAGUAGAAUCCAAACCAGCCCUGAAAACGGUCAGGCUUGCUUUCCUUUAAAAGGUUAGCUGUUGAUUUCACUGCCAGGACAGGGCCAUUUCAGCCAAGCUUCAGCAUAAUGUUGCCCCUGGUAGCCGAGGGCAAAGCUUGGAAAGUGGAAGUUUUAGUUAGCGGAAAAGUUUGUUUUGCCAAGUAACUCCGUAGUUAAUCAUUAAUCCGCAGAAGGAAAGCCUCUGGUAUAAGAGAGUGUGCCAGCGUUCUAUUAACGCCAUUGACCAAGCUCGUUGAUCAAUAGGCACAUUAUUUUUUGGGGGGUCAAAUUGGAACAGCUUUUUUAGCCCGUCUCUGCCCCCACUUUUAAAAGCCCAGUUUCCAAUAAGAAUGGACCAAAGAGUUUCAGAGAAACUCUGGGAAGAUUUCAGAGUUAAAACGAAACUCCAAGCCCAGCAUUGUCACUUCCUUUGAGUUCUUGCCUCCAAGUAGCACAUCGUAUUGUGUUACGUUCUGGUCAGAUAAAUGUGGCACGAUCUAACAUUAACUUCCUUUCAAAUAUAAUUUUUUUAGUUCGAAUUCUUGCAUCCUUAGGUUUUUUCUUAAAAUAUAUAUAUAUAUAUAAAGCUGUUAAUGAACAUUUGAGCAUUGUCAUUUUUUUGGCAUCCCUUCUAAUAAGUACUAGAUGAUUUCCCCCACUAUUUUAAUAGGGGUUUGUUCUGACAAUAGCUUUACAUAUUUGAACUCUCAGCAGAAAAGUACAUUAAAACUUGGAAGGUAGAGAUUUAAGAGAGAAAAUAAAUGAAUUUGGGGGGGGUAGACAUACGAUUUUAAUUAAUCCCCUGAGUUUUCUGCAGCUGCCUUGAAACUUUGAGUUCUGUUUUCUGUUAAUUUUCUUUUGCUUUUUUGUGUUUUUGUUUGUUUUUACUUUUGCAUUUAAGACCAAUUAAAUUUGAUUUGGUUUUGCUCGAAUUUUGUUUUGGUUUGUUAUUUUAAUUUUUAACCCCCACUCCAUAUUACACAGCGUCCGACAUGAAAGAUUAACAGCCGCUCCUUCCCCCAGUAGGAACGACCUGUUGUUCCUAAAGUACCACAACGAUAAACCCGACCAGUUAGGAGACUUGAAGGCUUACAUAUAUGAAUCCUUUGCGAUCAGUUCUGACAUAGCGAGGGUUUGUAAGGGCACAAUAAUUUUCCUGCAGAUGUAGUGUGCAAAAAGCAAAAAGAUUUUGCCCAAGGGAACCCCGAUCCAGUCCUAAGAAUGACUUAAGUCUGCCACAUAUCACAUUUGAGAAGCCACCUUGUGCACGCCAGGUGAUGGGCCCGUUCAUUGCUCCACCAGUCUCCUUCCUUUUCGAGCCUGCCCCAAGGCUGCCUGCAUCUACAGCCACCCCACUGAGGACUGGCCAGGGGGACUUGGAGCAGCGCCCUAGCACACCAUCAGAAAAAGGUCUUGCUGGCAAAGCCUGCGAGUUGCAAUUCUGAGGGAGAUUUGGGGCCCUUUCCUGGCUUUGAGUGGCCCUCUUUCAUAACAGCGCUGCUCCAGCCUGCUCACAGGAGUGGGGAUUUCUGUAUUCUUAAGAUGCGUCGCAUCCCUGCUUUUUGUGUGUGCACCCAAUGACAUUUCUUGUACAUCUGUUCCUUUGUUAUGCAAAGGCAAGUUCUUUGUAGGAAAUGAUGUGCUUGCGUAUCUUCAUCAAGUAACCUCCACGGUCUUCUGAGAGAGUGCCUCACCUCAUUAACCAUUUUCUUGAGGUCUCAAAUGUACAUCGCACAUAUAGGAUGUUCUUCUUCCCUUGCAAACUCGGCAGACCCUCUAGAUAACGGCUUCCCUAAUUACCCAUCCUCUUGGUGGUUUUCAUUGUGAUUUCUGGCAUCUUUCUGGAAAUGCUCUGGCUAAGAAGUCUUUGGCCUAUGGAAAUAAUCCAGCAAGAUGGAGUUACAGAACAGCGUGAACUAUAAAGCUGCCUUGCUAGUUUACUUGGUGUGUUUUGCCGUCGUUGCCGUGGACCUCUCAAAAGUCCUGAGACAAUCCACAUCUCUGCUGUGUGCCCGUCUUAUAAUAUCAGUUGAUCACAGACAGCAUUCGUUCAGCCUUUGCUUCCUGAGCAGGCUCCUUUCCUCUUCCUCCUGCCAGUGUCCCUUUGCCAUUCCCACAGGGGAUAUUGGGGUUGUAAACUGGGAACUGACCUGAUACCCUGUCCAGGCCCAGUCCAGCUGUUUGGAAUCAAGGGUGUGGCACCAGCUGCGGACUCUCGCUAGGUAAAAUGCUCUCUUUGUCGCAGUCCCUGGGGAUCUCGCAAGAGUUAAGAGGGCACAAUUCAGUUUGGAGUUACCCUCUUGUGGAAGCCACCCUUUAAUUUCAGUGGGGUUGGCAUCCAGGCACACUUUUCCAAUGGAUUGUGCUCUUAGAUAUGUCUGCCAGCAUUUAAAGACAGCUCUUCAGAGCCCCUUUUACAGAGCCCUCUUAAAUCACCCGGAAGUCUUGAGCAGCAAAUGUCCUUGUGGCAUCACUGUUUUCUCUUUUUAAGAACUCCUCUAAUGUUUCUUCCUUCAUUGCUCCCCUUUUAAUGCCGCUUCGUAUGGAAAGCGCUCUACUUUAUAUGCUGGGUGGUCGUAGCUUGUCAGGAAUUGCUUCUGUUCCUCCUCUGUGCCCCUCUGACUUUCAGAUAAUGGAAUUUUUGGUCCGAUCAGGAAGCAUCUGCUCGCAAGUCUGAUUGGUAGCUCAGUUUUGGAUCUUGUAGGUUCUUGUGGUCCUUGCAUUUCUAACUUUUUCUCUGCUUCACUUUGCGUCUUCCCGGAGUCUUUUCCUGGUUGCCACCUGCCCAAACCUACUUCCCAGGACUCAGAUUCUCCUAUGCUGUGUUCAUCCUGGCAGGUUUUGCAGCAGAAGGAAAUUUCCAGGAAAUGCUUGGACGGGCUCCUGGAAAGGGCAGAACUGCCUUGAAAGUCCAUUUCCGAAGCAGAUGUAGGCCCAAAAAAGGAGGGUUAUCUCAAAGCCCCUAAGUAAUCACAGCAUUGGACUCGCCUAGCAUAUGGCUAUUCUAUGGCUGCAGUUACUUUCUAUAUUUUUAUUAGAUUGUUCCCCCCCAAUGAAAAGGUGGUUGCAAUAAAACAGCAUCCCCCCCUCCCCACACAAGAAAUGGAAUCAGUUGCAAAAGGUGCCAAAUAUAUCUGUGUUUGCCUCAUCCUGAAAUAACAGCAUCCUCUUGCUCUUCAUUGAGUCCCAGUUUAGGACGGGGUUUCCUCUUGGGCGAAUAUGGCAGCUUUGCCUCUUAACCCUCCAGAGUUGCCUUCAUGCAGAUCUCGACGAGAGCUACAGGUGUGCUCAAUCAAUAUUGAAUCGACAGCAGUCAAAUAAGUGGAUUAGGGACUGUUCUUGAGAAGACCGCAAAUCAUUGAAUUUCAUUUCUUCUACAUGCCUCCUCUCUUGGGGAAGAGCUGCUCUCAGCCCUGGGCGCAGAAGUCUCUUAAUCCACGAAGACCCGCAAGCCUGUGUCACCCCACAGCUUCCUCCCGGUACCAUACCCAAUUCUGCAAAGCCCACCAGCGCAUUCUGAGCUGGGUAGAGGGAGCCCGAACCGCUGCGUUUCUCAGAAUCGCUGGCUUAAGCUGCAGCAGUAAAAGGCUCCCCCCCCCGCCCCCAAAGUUGGCAAAAGCCGCCACUUUCUCGGGUCAGAAUGCAAAGAUGGCAGGGAAAAUCCAUUUGUGUAAUUGGAAUACUUCCCGCAUGUGGUAGCCUAUUACAUAAUCUCAGGUUGGCCAGCUGUCUUGGAUCCCCUUUAUUUUUUUAAGGAUUGCAAAUUUGUACAGGGACAGAUUUGGUUUCCCUUAAAAAAAGAAAAGAAAAGGUAAAACAGGUUUGCGUAUCAUUGCAAUUCUUUUUUUUGGUGGCUGGGGAACAAGACCGCAACUAUUUUGUAGAAGACUCCUAAGCUGACUGGUGCAAACUAAAUGCCCCAAGUUUUCCUCCCUCCCUGAGGGAAAUCGAAAAUAUUCAGUGCAAACAUUUCCCUGGUUUAUUACAUUAACAGUUGAAGAGUUUCCCACUGUUGGGCUAAGAAGAUGGGGAUCUCAAGUUGCUUCAAAGGGCUUGUUCUGCUCUCAGGGUUAAGCUUUGCACAAUUCUCUUAUUUUAAUGUCCUUGAGGAUACCCCAUCAUUCCACCCUGACUUAAAGAAAACGAAUCGAGCCCUUUGUGUGUUUUUCUGAAACCAUGUCGUGAAGCAUAACUCAAGAGGAACGAUAGGCAGUGAUUUCCACGUUCCCCCUAUAAUGUUGCCAAAUUACGGGUGUUUUGUGUGUGAUUUCGUUUCAUAAUAGGUUAGCCCAUCACUCUCAAACCAAUACAUUGCAUCUUCCUCUCCCAACUUCUUGCGGACGAGGAGUUCUUGAAUAAGAAAACUCAUCUUGAUUUACCUCCCCCUGCGUCCAGCCGCAAGAGUCACUGAGCCAGGACAUAGCUGCACCGCUUCCUUCAGUGCUUUAAAGUGACCCGCGGUCCCGCCACAGUUUCAGAAAUCCCACUGAAGGGAAAGUCACAAGCCGAAGGAUCAAAACUAAGAGCGAAAAGUUUUGCAUAUAUGGAAAUUUGCUGCGGGAGUGCUCGUCCCCGCCUCCCCAGGCAUAAUGAAAAUUUGUGGAUUUCAUUAUCUUAACCCUGUUCCUGCUUUUUUUU